AUGGUUUGUUUCUUUUUAGGUCAUGCAAAGUGGCUGACUGUGAGGUACUGCUGUUUGAACUUAGCGAAGGCCAACGACUGUAGUUUUCGCUGCAUCGACGUCCCUCGUCUCCCACCACACAUGCGGCUUGGCUGCAGCGACUUCUACGACACAAGCCUCCAUUACAUCGGCUUCAAUCAGGACUUUGGCUGUUUCGCAUGCGGAUCUGACACCGGCUUUUGUAUAUUUAAUACUGACCCUCUCAAGGAAAAGGAACGACAAGUUUUUGACGAUGGUGGCAUCGCUUAUGUCGAGAUGCUCUUCCGUUGCAACUUCCUUGGUCUGGUUGGUGGCGGUCGAAGUCCGAAGUACCCGCCGAACAAGGUGAUGAUCUGGGACGAUACUAAGAAGGCACCAGUGAUAGAGUUGGAUUUCGCGACCGAUGUCAAGGCAGUGAAACUGCGUCGAGACCGUAUCGUGGUCGUCCUCGAAAGACUGAUCAAGGUUUAUUCAUUCACCGCAAAGCCUCAACAGCUACACGUUUUCGAAACAGGGCAAAAUAGCAAAGGUUUAUGUUGCUUGUACGCAAGUACGAGUGACUCUCUGCUCGCCUUUCCGGCGGUAAAAUGUGGCGACCUGCAAAUCAUCGAUCUCGCUAACGCAGACGAAGCUGCCGUCACGUUCCAUGCUCACACGUCUCCUCUGGCAUGUCUUGCGCUGAACAGCGAUGGGACGAUCAUUGCCACUGCAUCAGAGAAAGGCACUUGGAUCCGGCUGUUCAGUACAAAACGCGGCGAGAAGUUGCAUGAAGUUCGACGAGGCUCCAAUCCCGCCCUCAUUUACAGUAUGAACUUCAACGCAGAUUCUUCCCUUAUGUGUGUCAGCAGCAGUCGAGGAACGGUUCACAUUUUUGCUUUGGCGGAAAAAGACUUAAAAGAAUGCAUAAAGCAGUCAACUCCGAACGCACUGACGAAGUAUUUUAAUUCAAAGACCAGCUUCUCACGCAUCCAAAUUCCGGGAAUAAGCAAAAAACGUGAGAUGCGGCUGAUCUGUGCAUUCGGCGCAGACCCGAAUUCUCUCAUAGAUGGUAGCUACUACAAGUUCAUUUUCAAUCUGAAAGGCGAGUGCACGAGGCAGACUAUGUUUUUCUGUCGUCUUGGAUAUGCGUGCAAUCUCUUUGACCAGAUCCCAUGUUUGCUGGAAAAGUCUCGCUAUAUUUCUCUGUCGCCUAUUUUAUGCGCUGAACCGCUGAAGAAGAAAAAGCGCGUAGACCCACAAAUCAUCAGGAACCGGUUAGAAAAGAAAAAGAAACGAGCUGAAAAAACUAUACAGCAGUUGCUACGCCACGCUAAGAAAUUAAAACCGAUCGAAGAGAACGCACCGGAAAUGAAGGUGCUCGACAACCUAAAGUACAACGCGAGAAAGAACACUGAAGAGCUGAAACGAGUGAACGUAAUGCUGCGAAAUCAGCGGAAAGCGUUGGAAGAGCUUAAGAAAGAGUCUCAGUUCUUGUACGAAGCAGCGAUUCAGGUGAAUCCAAACCUUUUGCCUAUGGACCGCGCAGGUCCCGUUUCCUGGCUGGCGUCUCCUCGAUACGAAAGUCCGGACGGCGACUACAAGGACAUCACGCGUAAGUGGGAAUGA